GUGCACUCGGCUGCACGGUGUGUUCACCUGCGCGCACUUCUUCCUGUGCUACUCAACUGCCUUUCUCUUUUUUUGGCUUCCAAGUGUGUUUGCUCGAAACUGGGAAAGUCGCCCAGUCCUCUCCGGCAGGUUAGAGCCACACCUGGGGGGGACAUCGGGGACGAGGACGGCAAAUGCGGUAAAUGAAACGAUUAAACCAACGCCCGCGGUUCCCCUUUCGGGCGAAGAAAGACGGCGCGGCGUCUUUGACGCGGUGUUCGCUUUAGAUCCGUCCGAGUUCGGCGGUGUUCCGUCGCGUCGGAGCUAGCGGGGCGAGCAGCGUUUAGCUAACUAGCCGCUUCCGGGAGACAACCUUCACGCGCAGAAAAACCCAAAAUGAAGACAGGAAGACUGUCGACUCCGGAUCAUCGCUUCAUUCUCACAGCUUGAAUGGAUUCGGACAUGCGGACGUAGACGUGCCACCUGACGCGAUUUUAUUUUUUGAGGAUAUAAACGGCUGCUGACCAUUUCCAGAGUAGUCCGGACCGACCUCCUCCCGCCGAUGGCUACGACGGACACCAAAGUGGCGUGCGGCGUGGGCGCGGCGGGCCUUUCGUGGGCGCGGGUGUGCAAGGAGUGCGGCCAGCAGCACGAGGGCUCGGACUGCCACCUGUACGAGUACCAGGACGAGGUGGACGACGAGCUCAUCUGCCACAUCUGCCUGCAGCCCCUCCUCCGGCCUAUGGACACGCCGUGCGGCCACACGUACUGCUUUCACUGCCUGAGCAGCUUCCUGAAGGAGCAGGACUUCUGCCCCGUGGACCGCCUGCGGCUGCAGCUGCACCAGUGCCGUCCCUCCAGCCUGCUGGUCAGGAACCUGCUGGACAAGCUGAGCGUGGCGUGCCCCCACUCGGCAGAGUGUCAGCAGCAGAUGCAGCGCUGCGAGCUGCAGCCUCACCUGCACCACAGAUGUCCUGUCUUUAGAAGACUGAGGGAGGAAGCGGAGAAGAGGAAGAGGCCCUCGUGGAACGAGCUGAAGGGGCGUAAGGGCGACGGGGAGACUUCUGGCGAUGCCAAACAUUCAGCAACACAGUCCCGAAAUCCCACCAGAGAUCCGCCUGAGCCCGGGCUGAUUAAUCCCGCCUAUGAAGAGAGUGAGGAUGACAACGCCCCCCUGCGGUCCAGCCUGGUGGCCGAGGCCAUCGUGGUGGAGCUGUUGAGAGGGGAGCCGGAGGAGGACCUGGGCCUCCGCAUCGUGGGGGGGAAGGACACACCGCUGGGGAACAUAGUCAUCCAGGAGGUCGUCCGAGACACGCUGGCGGCCGCCGACGGCCGGCUGGCCCCGGGGGACCACAUCUUGGAGGUGAACGAUGUCAGUCUGGCUUCCGUCCCGCACGCCCGAGCCAUCGCGGCGCUCCGCCAGCCUUCCCUCCUCCGGCUCACCGUCAUGCAGGAGAAAGGGUUCAAGUCGAGGGAUCGACAGUCCGACCAUCACGCCUCCUCCUGCCCCGCUCCCGCCGCCCCGCAGCCCUCUCCCAGUCCCCACGGCAACGCCCCCUCCAAUCCAAACCCCGGCGCGGUCCUCCAGGUGACGCUGAUGAAGAGCCUGCGCACCGAACCGCUCGGCAUCAAACUCAUCCGCAAAUCGGAGGAGAGCGGGGUCUUCAUCCUGGACCUGCUGUCGGGUGGUCUGGCAGCCAAAGAUGGAAAGCUGAGGAACAACGACAAGGUGUUGGCCAUCAACGGACAUGACCUGAGGCACGGUACACCGGAGAGCGCUGCCCAGAUCAUACAGGCGAGUGAGGUGCGCGUGAACUUCGUGGUGAUGAGACCUGCCGACGCUCAGGAAGACGGAGCGAGCGGCCGAGAGGCGCCGCACGGCCGAGCCAACAGGAGGGCGCCGGAGCCGCAGUACUUCAAGCGCCGGUCCACCUACAUGAAGGAUCCCCCGGGCGGGUUUUCCAGCCAGGAGAAGACUGUGAGUCUGAAGAAGGAGCCUCGGCUCUCCCUGGGCAUCACCAUCGCCGGGGGGAGGGACUGCCGCAGCCGUCUGCCCGUUUACAUCACGAGUGUGCAGCCUGUCGGCUGCCUCCACCGCGACGGCACCAUCAAAAGAGGCGACGUCCUGCUGAGCAUCAACGGCGUGGACCUGACCCAGUUGACCUACAACGAGGCAGUUUCUGCGCUCAAGACUCAGACGGCUCAGUCCCAGGUGGCACUCCGCGUCAUCCAGACCCUCUCGGAGGACUUGGAGGAGGACGCCGAGGCCGCCAGCCAGGACCAACAGGACGCCGCGGACGACCCGCGGGACGACGCCCUCAACUGGACGCCGCUGUGGACCCGCUGGCUGGGGCUGCCGAGUCCCAUGCACUGGUGCCGGGACAUCGUCCUGCAGAAGACCAACAACGAGAGCUGGGGCUUCAGCAUCGUCGGCGGCUACGAGGAGAGCCACGGCCAGCAGCCUUUCUUCAUCAAAACCAUCGUGCCCGGCACGCCCGCCCACUUCGACGGGCGCCUCAAGUGCGGCGAUGAGAUCGUGGCGGUGAACGGCGCCACCACGGUGGGAAUGAACAACUCCUCCCUCAUCCCCAUGCUCAAGCUGCAGAAAAACAAAGUCACGCUGACGGUGGUGUCCUGGCCCGGGAGUCUCGUGUAGCCGAAAGCGCGCCCCUCCCCCUCCCCCCCCUCCCCUCCGCCCUUUUUUCUAAGUCUCGGCAGGAUGUUUGUCUCCGUGUCCUCGCACACUCAAAGAGCAGAUGUUUGCACGAAAUGGGAUUGAUCAGGGUGCAACGAUGAUGACGACAAUCAGUGAAUUGUGUUCUACGGACAAACGACUUCUUCUGAGUACUUCUUUUUUUUGGGCUUUCCUUUUAAAUAAUGCCAUCAUCGGAGGGAUUUACGUAAACGCCGUCCCACGAUGAGAUGUAGCGCUUACGAUGUAUCUAGACAUUUGAGAUGAAGUAUAAGUAUGUAGACUACUUGUAGAACUAAAAUAGCUGCUGGUGUAUGGACUCAUGCCAAAGACGGAACAACCAUCCUCUCCUGUAGCUUUUGUACCUCUAGUGUGAAUUUAUUUUUAAUUUUAAACUUUUAAAACGUGCAUCAGAAUGAUGACACAAAUUAAGUUAAAUUGAGUCCAAAUCGAGGCAAAAAAGCUGCAGCUACGUGAAGCGACUCUGGUUUUAACAGGGUGGAAACCUUUGGUUCAUUUUCUUAGUCGUUAGGAAAUAGACUUUUAUAUUGUUGUUUUAAAACUGUGAGCUGAUGAUCUUGAGAAGCAUUGCAUAAUGCUAAAUGGCUUCCAUAGGUGUGUGCCUUGUAGAUAUUGAAGGACAAACCAGAAUGUAUACUUGCCUUACAUUUCCACUGUACCAAAGCGUGUUUCCCGUCAUUAAUCUUCUCACGACACGAACGUAAGGACAGAUUUGUUCACAUAAAUCGGUGUUACUUCGUUCCUUUUAUGUGUCAACACGCUCACAGUGGCCUUUCUUGUGCAUCACUCGAGACAAGACUUAUUGAAUAAUUCAAAAUUUGUUUGCGAUUGGCAGUGGAAUACAGUGUAUACAGUUGGUGAUGUGUGUAUUGGCCUGUUUUAUUCUGCUCAAUAAAGUCAUAACAAAUGACA